AUGGCCCUGGCAUUGUGCACGUCCCGCGUCUUUGGCUGCAGCGUCUCCGCCACAGCACGCACUGGAAUGAAGAGCGAGAGCAUCUUCUCGAUUCCCUGUCGCUGGGCGUCGAAAAAGGCUGGCGGGUCGACGAAAAACGGCCGCGAUUCCGAGUCCAAGCGUCUCGGCGUCAAGAAGUUUGGAGGACAGAGCGUGGUGGCUGGUAAUAUAAUCAUUCGUCAGCGCGGCACAAAGUACCACAUAGGCACUGGCGUGGGCAUUGGCAAAGACCACACGAUCUUUGCCACGCGCGACGGGUUCGUGCGCUUCUGGUACAAUACGCCCAAGAAGCACCAGGAGGUGUCGGUCAAGAGCCAUCGCGAAGUGCAGCGUGCAGGGGUCAAGAGCAGCACAUAG